AUGGAUGACCUGCUGGAUGGUGGUGGGAUUGGACCAUUGGCGAUGGUAUGGUUCUGUUCUGCGCCUGGGCAUGCGUCUGGGAAGAUUGAGUCGCCCUCCCCCCUCGACCUCGACCUCGCCCGGCAUCGCCGCCUCCUCGACGGGAUGUUCGACAGAAUCGGCAUGGGCUGGACAGACGUAGCGGUUUUCGCAGCGGUUAAGGGGGCCCCAGCUUCGGUGGUUGCAGACGUGGAUGUAAAAGGCCUUUUGACACAUGAUGUUGAAGUGGUUGCGUUGCGUUUUGGUAUUCCGUGA